UCACAGCAUUGCUGUUAGAAGUUGCCAACUACAUAAAACAGAAAAUUACAGCACUCAUUCUCUCACUAACAAGACAAAAAAUACACAUUAUAUACAGUUAUCUCUGUAGAGUAUUUAUUAAUAUAAGUUCUAUUAGAAUUCUGUAACACAGUUUAUAAUAACAUUAAAUAUGUUUAGUAAAUCGAAAUAUCCUCACUAAUGAACUUAACCUCUAAGUUUGUCAUCAAAACAAUUACUUCUGUACAUCAUCGACAAUGAAUAUUUUACCAAAGAAAAGGUGGCAUGUCCGAACGAAAGAGAAUAUCGCUCGUGUACGUCGAGAUGAAGCAAAAGCUGCAGAAGAAGAAAAGAUUAAGCAGGCGCGAAUUCAAAAAGCUGAAACAGAAGCAAAAGUAAAUUUUUUGAGACAUCAAGCAAGGUCUAAAUAUGAUGGUCGUGCGGAGGCCAAUGUUAGUAGCACAAAAUUGGAGCAUGUCAACUUCUUUGCUGAUCUGGAAGAUGGUAAAAUUGACCAUAACAGGCCAAAUGCUGAACAUGAGAAGGAGAAGAAGGAGGAGAAGGAAAAAUAUGAGAAGCAAAUUGGUUAUUUAACAUAUCUGGGACAAGAUACAAAUGAAGCAACAGGAAAGAAGAAUUGGUAUGAGGAAUUACCAAAAAGACUAAUAGAUACAGAGAAGAAUGUAGAAUUAGAAACAAAGAAAAAGAUUUUAAUUGAUCCAAUGGUAGACAUAAAGAGGUACCUAACUGUUAUGCAUUCUAAGUCUGCCAAGGAUCAACCAACAAUAAAGACAGAAACUGUUAAACGAAAACCUGAUUCUGAUAAUUCUUAUUCUGAUCAAGAAAGUCAAAGUACACACAAGAAACAUAAAAAGGAUAAAAAACAUAAGCACGAAAGAGAAAAAUAUAAAGAAUUAGUUAAGAAGGAAGCUAAAAAUCAAAAUAUAGACAUAGAGAAACUAAGGACAGAAAGAUUGAUGAGAGAACGAAGUGAAAAGUUAAGAACAGAAGCACUAAUGGCCAAAGUAAGAGGUGAUCCGAUGCCUGUUGUAGCAUCUGAAACUCCUAAACCAGCGAUAAAACAGAAAUAUAGUUCGCAAUUCUUUCCUGAAAUUGCCAGACAGAAUAUGGAAAGGACACCUAAACAUACAUAAUUUGUUAAAUAUAGCUUCUUAUCAUCUUUUUCCGAAUAAUCUAUAUUUAUAAUUAUUGCCGUUAUUUUUGUUCUUAUGUGUUAUCUUUUCGAUAUGUACAUAAAAAAAAAUAUAUAUAUGUAUAAAAAUAA